AACUCCAUUAGUGCAUGAUGAAGAAGCCAUUAUUACUCGCCGCUCUGCAAAUUAUCAUCCAAGCAUUUGGGGAAACUUUUUUCUCUCAUAUGCUUCUCAACAAAAGGUAAACAAACAAUACCAAUAUUUUAAUUUACCUACAGUUUAUAAUGACUUCUUCAUUAUACUCUACAACUAAAUUGCAUAAUUAAGCAACACAUAUUCAUGUGAAUUGGAAUAUGCAGGAAGAUGCAGAUAUGCCAGAACUAGAAGAGCAUCAACAGUUGAAGGAAAGAGUGAAAAACAUGUUCAUCACAGAAACUCCUCAAAAGUUGGAGAUGAUGAUCAACAACAUCCAACGGUUAGGAGUGAGUUACCAUUUCGAGAAGGAGAUCGAAGCAACACUCGAACGCGUGUUCGAGGCCUACGAUGAUCUCAACGCCAAAGACAUGCUGGAGAAUAACGAUCUUUUUGCGGUUUCUCUCCGGUUUCGCCUUCUCAGACAACAAGGGUAUUUUGUAUCUAGCAGUAAGUGUUAAGUGAUUUAAUCACUACUACUAGUACUACUUUAGCAUUUUGGAAAAACUAUAAUUAAAAGUUGGAAUAAUUUACAUUAUAAAUAAAGAAAUAUUUGCACUAAAUAGCACUAAAACUCCGUAGUCUUUUUCAUUAUCUGCGAUCAAAGAGUGUCACUGUUUGACCAAAAAAAGUCAGAAACAUAAAGCUUUUUCUGGGACGUAUGGGGUAUAUAAUUGCAUGCUUGCUUAUCGCGCGCAGGCAUUUUUGAGAAAUUCACGGAAAGUGAUGGGAAGUUUAAGGAAUCGUUGACCGGCAACGUUGAAGCAAUGCUAAGUUUGUACGAGGCGUCGCAUGUUAGGGUUCACGGGGAGAAGAUUUUGGACGAGGCCCUGAGAUUCACAACUUCUCACCUGCAAUCGAUGCUUCCAAGCAUGGCCCCGACCCUGAGAUCUCAUGUCACUAAAGCACUCAAACUCCCAAUCUGGAGAAGGCUAACAAGGAUUGAUGCUGUGGAAUACAUACAGUUUUACCAGCUUGAUGAGUCUCAUGACUCUGUCCUCUUAAAGUUUGCAAAACUGGACUUCAACAUCCUCCAAAAGCAACACCAGAGGGAGCUAGGAAAUCUUACAAGGUGGUGGAAAGACUUGGGAGCAGCAGAAAAGCUGUCAUUUGCUAGAGACAGAUUGGUGGAGUGCUAUUUGUGGACAUUGGGAGUGUUCUUUGAACCACAUUAUAGUGCUGCAAGAGAGUUUUUCCUCAAAAUCAUUUCUCUCACUUCAAUCCUUGAUGAUAUCUAUGAUGUUUAUGGAACCCCCGACGAGCUCCAGCUAUUCACCGACGCUUUCCAAAGGUACGUAAAACUAGCCACGCAAUGUCCCAAAAAGGGAAUGACAUUUGACUAAAGUGGCAAAAUAAAGAAGGGGUAAUUUUGUGUUGACUUUCCAAAAACACCCUUGAUAUGAUGGGUAAAAGUAGGAUGUGAUGUGUAGAUUAUUAGAAAAAAAGUAUGAUGUGAUAGGUAGGGUAUGAAAAAGUAAGGGGUAAAAGUGGUUUUUUAAUGAAUGCAUGCAGGUUGGAUGCCAGUGUUGCAGAGGAAUUACCUGAAUACAUGAAGAUCGUCUACGAUGCGUUCCUCGAGGCGUAUGCCAAGAUGGAGAGACGCGACGGGGAAUCAGACCGCGUCAACUACGCGAAAACUGAGAUGAAAAAACUCGUGGGUGCGUACCACGAAGAGGCGAAGUGGUUCCACGUGGGCGAGACACCAACGUUUGACGAGUACAUGAGGGUUGCACUUGGAACAGGUGCUCAUCUUAUGUUGGCAACAACAUCAUUGGUAGGCAUGCCGGAGGAUUUCAUCACCAAAGAGGCAUUUGAUUGGCUGAGUGAGGAUCCCUUGAUUGUCAGAGCUUCUGCAGUUAUUGGUAGAUUGAAGGAUGACAUUGCAGGACACAAGUUUGAGCAGGAAAGAGGGCAUGUGGAUUCAGCAGUGGAGAGCUACAUGAAGCAAUAUGGCAAGACAGAAGAGGAGGCAGUGAAAGAGCUGCAAGAACAAGUGAGUGAUGCAUGGAAAGACAUUAGCAAGGAAUGUCUUAAGCCAUUUGCUUUGUUCCCAAUGCCCAUACUCACCAGAGUUGUGAAUCUUGCAAGAGUCAUUGAGCUGGUUUAUGAUGAAGAUGGAGAUUCAUAUACCCAUUCCGCAAAGCUUAAAGCCAUUAUCACCUCUGUCUUGGUUGAUCCCAUUCUCUGAUUCAUUUUGAACACAUCAGAGAGUCUUAUUUUGCUUUUCUUCUUGUUUUGUUGUUUGUCUGAACGACUUGAUCUAUUUCUGCUCUCAAGCAAUUGAAUAAUGAACUAUUUAGUUCCCAAAGUUUGCAAAGUUGAUUUGAUUUUGAUCUAGAACCACGAACUUUUUUAUUUUCUUUUGGAUCUUGAAUUAGGUAAAAAUACUUACUCUACGUGAAAUUAAUUUGUUCACUUUUACCUCAUGAAAAUUUAAAUAACGUUAAGUAAUGUUGAAUAGUAAAAAUAGACCAUUAGAUUUUGUUUAAAAAAUAAUGAAGUAUUUAGACCACAAUCAUCACAUACUUUUUUUUUAACAAGAGAAAUGGAAAAAAAAUGAGAAAGUCCUUUUGAAAUAAAUGAAAACAAUGAAAACAAAAAGGGUAAAAAUAUUAAGGACCCCAAUUAAAAGUGUUAAAUAAGAAAAAAUGAGAGGUGUGAAAAUUUUAAGUAUUGAUAGAAUAUAAACAUAAUCUAAAUCGGUAAAACUUCUCUCUAGCCAUGACAGGGGAGAGGGAGACCGAAGAAGCAAUCUGCAACCGGUUCAAUUACGAUCAAAUCUAAUACACCAUCUUCGUCACAAUUGAAGAAAUCUCUCUCGUCUAAUGCUCGAUUGGGAGCACCCU